UUCUCAUUUAGGGAUGACCAGGGAUUUGUUUCCGAGAACGCUGGGACCAUGGAUCUGCUGGCCCACCUACGGCUGCCGUGUGAUACUGGGGUCAUGGGGGAGAUGGAUACCCAGAGCGUUACUAAGGAGCUCACCUCCAGUGCGCUUAAGGCUGCCGUUUUGGGUUAUGAGAUGGCCCUGAGGACAGAGGCUGCCGAGCUUCGGGCAAGAAUGGUUGCCGGGAGGCAGUCGGAUCUUCAGGAUAGCUUGCGAGCGGCGGAGCAGGCCCUGGAGGCUUCUGAGAAACAAGUGAAUGAGUUCCAGGGGAGGGCUCAGGAUGCUGAGAUCCGGCUGAGGGAAUGUCAAUCCCAGAUUGGGGCCCUUAAGGAUAGUGCCAACAAGGCCGUCCUGGCGCUAGGUGAGGUAGAGGCCCAGGUCGAGCGUGCAGAAGAGCGGGCCCGGGCUGCUGAGGACAAGGCCACAACUGCCAUUGAAAAGGCUAAAAUCAGCCUGGCUGAGUGGCAGAGAAUGAUAGAUAUUUCUAAUCUAGCAAUGAAAGAGAGAGUCCGCCUUCGCAAUUCCUUGACCGAGGUUGAAAGUGAGCUCUACGCUGUGAAGGCUCGGUGUUCCACCUUGGAUGAUAAGCUCAAUGUGGUCACCCGUGAGCGGAGUGAAUGGGAAGCGAAGCAUGACAAGGUGGCCCUUGAGCUAAAAGAAGCCCACUCUCAAAUCGUCAAGCAAGGGCGGACUCUGGAGCGGCUCAAGGGACAGGAUGAGGAGGCAGAUAUCGCCAAAGCCCGGGUUUCUGAGCUUGAGGUUGAUGUGGCUUCUAGGGAUACUGAACUGGAUAAGCUGCGGCAAGAGCUUGAGGGGAUUCGGGUCGCCUCUAGGCGUGAUCAAGCUCGGAUGAUGCAGCUUGAAGCUGAAGUGGCUGCCACACAGAAGAAACUCGAGGACUAUGUGGCAGGUCAUUCUGCAGCCAUUGAAAGGGCUAGAGCUGGCGCCAUUUCUGAGUUCCAAGUUUCCUGUUCGAAGGACCCAGCUCCCUCUUCGGUCGUCAAUUGGCUUCAUAGCGUCAUGGGUAAGCAUAUUGAUAACGGGUUAGCCACGCCUGAGGGACUGGAGUUUGUGCGGAGACAGUUGCUGCCCACUCUGAACUAUGGGAAGUAUCUGAUGCAAAAGGACAUUUAUGAUCAGCUCCGAGAGACUCUGCCUGGUUUCAACCACAAGAUAUAUAAGCUUCCCCGACCUAUGAAGCAUGCGGAGAUUGCCCCUGGCCAGCAAAUUCGGUAUUCUUUGACCACACAGGCGCAGCCAGCUGAGGCCGGUGAAGAGGUGGAACAAGAGAAGAAAAAGAAGAGGAAGAGGAAAGAGUAGAUUCCCCCUCCCCUUUAUCUUUUUGCAUGUCUGUCUGAUGGGUCGUUGUUAUAAACAUCCUUGAAACACCUUUUGAUAAUCACACUGUGUAUGAAAUGUUUAUUUAUCUGCAAUCUUUGUGUCUGUUGCGCCUUGCAUGCUUAUUUACAUACUGCACAGGUGUUGUUGAGUGGGGAUGGGCCAUGGACGGCAUGUCCUCCUUUUGUUCUGAGCUCAGCAUAUGUUUGUUAAGUUGC